GAUGGAGAGGGCGCUUCGUGUGUUCCUUUAUUUGUAUUUCUUGGAUAUUUAAGUAGAUGUAAUAAAAUGCUGCGGGUGAAGUGAUGAAGAUGAAGAGGAGGAGGCAGAAAUGCGUCUCCCAGCCUACACCUGUCGUCUGAUCGUUGGAUAGCUGCUGCUGCUGGAGAUGGAGCCGCUCUCCUUUUGGGUUUACCACAGACGAGAAGCGCGAGCGGUGGAUGAAUAUUGGAGUGCUUUCAGGGUGAUCUCCAGGCUUUCCUUUGAGCUCAAUGACAGGGGGAUCUGACCAGGGAGGUGGAGGGAUGGAGAAUGCCAGUCAGCUCAAACCGACGCCUGUCAUCUACGGAGAGCUGUUGAACAUCUCCACCAACUACACCCAUGCCAAUUUCACGUCGAAGGCGGAGGCGAAAGGCAGUAACUUGGCUUUCCAGGCGGGUCUUGCCGUGACCUUAGCCCUCAUAACUUUCGCCACGACGCUUUCAAACGCGUUCGUCAUCGCCACCAUUUACCAGUCCCGAAAACUACACACCCCGGCGAACUUUCUGAUCGCCUCGCUGGCCGUCACGGACCUCCUGGUGUCGAUUUUGGUGAUGCCCAUCAGCGCGCUCUACACGGUCAGCCAAACGUGGACAUUGGGGCAGGUGGUGUGUGACAUCUGGCUGUCCUCGGAUAUAACGUGUUGCACCGCGUCCAUCCUCCACCUGUGCGUAAUUGCGCUGGACCGCUACUGGGCCAUCACUGACGCGGUGGAGUAUUCCAAGAAGCGCACGCCGGGGCGCGCAGCAGGCAUGAUCGCCACCGCCUGGGUGAUCGCCAUCUCCAUCUCCCUGCCGCCCUUCUUCUGGCGCCAGGUGAAAGCAGAGGAGGUGACGAGCUGCAAUGUGAACACCGACCACAUUUUCUACACCAUCUACUCCACCUUCGGGGCGUUCUACAUCCCCACCCUGCUGCUCAUUGCCCUGUACGGGAGGAUUUACGUGGAAGCCCGAAAGCGCAUCUUGAAGCAGUCUCACAACAAGCCGGGGAAGAGACUCACCUCGGCGCACCUGAUCACCAACUCCCCGGGCUCGGUGGCGUCCACGACCUCCCUGAACUACGGGACGAACGACACCUCCUCCUGUGACACUACCUCGUCCGCCAACGUGAGUCAAGUCAAAGUCACUGUGUCCGACGCGCUGCUGGAGAAGAAGCGGAUCUCCGCCGCCCGGGAAAGGAAGGCGACCAAAACUUUGGGGAUAAUCCUGGGAGCCUACAUCAUAUGCUGGCUCCCGUUUUUCAUUUACACUCUUCUAGUGCCUGUCUGCGAGUCCUGCUUCCACCCGGAGCUAUUUGACAUAUUCACCUGGCUGGGUUACCUCAACUCUUUAAUCAACCCCAUCAUUUACACCAUGUCCAACGAGGACUUCAAACAGGCUUUCCACAAACUAAUUCGUUUCAAAUGCUGCAGGGCAUGAACGGUGAUUACCAGCCAUAAUAACCCCCUCCUCCCCCUGCAAACCCAUCCCCAAUCAUCUGUAUAUGCCAGAAUCGAAUCAAAUCCACACUCACCCGCAAAUCUUUCACUCCCCAGCUUUUCCCUGAGGGUAACACCACCACCAUCCAGAUUGUUUAUGAUGAGGUGGCGGCAGGUUGACUGUGAAAAUGUGCUGACCUGCCUGCAUCCAGCCUGCAUUCUGCUCUCUGAUGGCACUGCGUAAUGAAUGGCUGUCAUUUCUCAACCGCUGGAAUUUAAAGACAGACGGCCACUGGUAGUGCAGAGAGGAAGGGGAUGUGUCAGUGUGGAAACUGUGUGACUGGUGUUGCGGCUGAAGGUGUUCUUGUAGUGACUUGGAGAAAGCCCAUAGCCCCAGAUGCAGGGGCCCCCACCUGUACGUGCUGCACUGGACUGCAGCCUACAGACUCACUUUGCCAUACAAGUUUGACAGUCAAUAUCAGUUGACUGGUAAGCACAAACAGCUUAGGACUAAGCUAUCAUGAGCCCCAAGGGCAAAAAAUACAAUUUGUGUUGUUUCAUUUUCCUGACUCAAUAAGGGGAAAUAACUGGUGCCUACAAAACGUUUCGUUUAGUUCCUAAGAUGUGCCUGGCCCAGGCGGAGAUAAAAGUAUGAUUACAGUUUGAGGAAAAGACAGAUCUAGUUCAUUGCCGUGGCCAGUGUGUGUAUUUUCUUUUUUUUCUUGCUGUGACUGAUAUUCACUUUAAACAAAGCUCCAAAAAUGAGUGUAAAUGUACGAAUCUGUAUGCACCAGUGUGGUUUUUACUUUAAUUUCCUGAAGAGUCUGGAUUGUGCUCAGUUGAAUGGCUAUCACACUGUAAAAUAGUGCAACAUGACCUACUCUGAGGGAAAGAAGAGCUGAUUAUAUCUACCAGACCUCUUGUUGAAGAUGCAUUCUUAAUUGUUAAUAUUAGCUUUGAUGUUCCAUUUCAUGUCAGGGGAACCAAACACAAAUCCAAAUCUAGCUGACCACGGCUGAUAAUGAACAGGAAUGUUCAUACAGUCACCACUUUGAAUUUGAAUCCUACACUGAGGAAGGUUGUGGAGGAUGAUUUCUUUAAAACGCUUGAAAAUGUCAUGGUAUUCUGAUCAAAAUCACACUUUUCCUCCCACCAAAUCAUCACAUGUUAAAUGUCAAGCUGCAGCUGCUGCUGAUCCUUGAGAAGAACAUUUUUGAAAGAAAAAGAAGAAAAAUCCAAUCUGUUUGUUUGCAGGGUUUCAGCAAAUGAUGCAAAUAAUAAUUAUAAUAUUAAUGACGACAAAACGCCAGUGAUGAAAACAUUGCUCUACACUGCUCUACUCUAUACUGUCAUUUGGGCCAAAAAUCAACUAAACUGGAAUCAUUUUCAUUAGCAGCCUAUUUCUCUACUGGAAUCAAAAUCUUGGCGUUGUGGAGGAGGCCUUUAGGCCAUUGUGUGGGGAUAAAAAUGCUAAGAAAUUGGGGACAUUGCCCUGAGUAUUUCCAAACUGCUGGCUACAGCCCUCUACAUUUUGUGCAAUAAUUUAGCAAGUCUCAUAAUGUGAUCUAAAAAUGCAUAGGAACUCUGUCUUGUUUAUUUUAGGGAACAGUUUUAGGGACUUAUUUGCUUUCCUGAUGAGAGUUCAAUGCAACAGUUGAUACUACUCCCAUGUCCGAGUGUGAAACAAACGUGAAACAGGUUAAUUAGUGAGCUUUGGAGAUGUUGGCAGGAGUAUUUUAGACCUUGGACAGAGAUGGGUUAGCUGUUUCCCCUCAUUGGUCUGCUGGCUCACUUCAUAUUUAAAGGCUCUAUGUGUAACUUUCAGAAAAUCUUUGUUUUUAAUGACACCAUUCCAUUUAUUUGGACCACAAUAACUAGCUUGCUGUUUGCAAAUUACUUCAUCAGCUAAUGCUAAUUAUACACCUUUGCUUUAGAUGGAUAGAUAGAUAGAUAGAUAGA